GCCGCGUGUGCGUGCGUCCCGCUCCGCUCCGCUCCAGCACGGUUCGAGUACAGGCAGGGAGGGAGGGGAGACUUGACGCAUCGGAGUGAGCGAGCAGCACACAGAGGCUUUCCACUUUCCAAUAUGCAACCCGCGAGACGCCACACCGUCAGCUACUCGUGCUACUGACACUCAGAGACACAGGGAGACAGAGAGAGAGGGGCAGGGAGGCAGGGAUGGAGACACAGUAGUGCCGCACAGACGAGAAGAGCGCAGUGAUAACACAAAAGAAGGGAGCAGCGUCUUUUGCGCACAACUCAGACGGGGAGGCUAUCUAUUUUUGGCCGGGAGCGUCGCCGAGACUUGACAGUGAUGUGUGUACGCACAGUUUUGUUUAGUGACAAAAUACGGAUUAAUCUGCGGCCGUGAAUUAUUGGAGAUAUCACUUCUGCGAGGAAAGAUUGGAAAACCAGAAAGGUGCAAAUCGGAUUCCAUACAUUUGUGAUUGGAUGUGAGACUACUUUGACCCUACAAAAUUGAAGAUGAUGUUGCUAUGGAAACUGCUGCUGCUGCAGUCACUUAUGGGGUGCCUUGCAGAGAGCAGCGUCCUACAGAGUCCCGUCUUUACCAAGCAGCCUGGCAGCAUCGUGUAUCCUGUGGAGAAUGUGGAGAAAAACCGAGAGGUGGUGUUCAGCUGCGAGGCCGAGGGAAGCCCACCUCCCAUGUACCGAUGGAGACUGAACGGCACGGAAAUAAAUCCCAAAACUGGAUCUCACUACAGCCUUUCUGGGGGCAACCUCAGAAUCAGCCAUCUGAACAAAGACCAAGAUGCUGGAACGUAUCAGUGCCUCGCCUCCAACUCUUUCGGGACCAUCGUUAGCCGAGAGGCCAGUCUAACCUUCGCAUACUUGGAAAACUUCAAGACUCAGAGAAGAAGCUCUGUUUCAGUGCGUGAAGGUCAAGGAGUGGUUCUGCUCUGCGGCCCUCCUCCUCAUUCUGGAGAUCUGGUAUUUUCCUGGAUCUUCAAUGAGUACCCGACAUUUGUGAAGCAGGAUACGCGUCGCUUCAUCUCCCAGGAGACAGGGAAUCUGUACAUUGCUAAAGUGGAGCCCUCAGAUGUUGGCAACUACACUUGUGUGGUGACCAACACCGUCACCAAGACCCGUGUCCAGGGCCCGCCCACUCCACUUGUGCUCCGCAGUGAUGGUAUUAUGGGUGAAUACGAGCCAAAGAUUGAAGUUCAGUUUCCAGAGCUUGUUCAUGUUGCCAAAGGAUCCACUGUAAAACUUGAAUGCUUCGCCCUGGGAAACCCAGCACCUUCUAUAAGCUGGAGGAGAGUCGACAAUGUGCCAUUCCCUAGAAAAGUGGACAUGAGAAAGGCCAGCGGCGUGCUGGAAAUCCCAUAUUUCCAGCAGGAGGAUGCCGGCACGUACGAGUGUGUGGCUGAAAACUCCAGGGGAAUGAACACAGUGAAAGGAAAGCUCUCUUUCUACGCUCCUCCUCACCUCAUCGAGACGCCCCAAGAUGUCCAGAAGCUCAUCGACGACUCGCUGGCGUGGGAGUGCAAAGCCACCGGGAAGCCCAAGCCUUCAUACAGGUGGAUGAAGAACGGGGAAAACCUGGAGUCUACAGAGGAACGCAUACAGGUCGCCAGCGGGGUGUUGUCAAUCAGUCGCCUGACCCUGACUGACACCGGCAUGUAUCAGUGUGUGGCCGGCAAUAAGCACGGGGAGGUCUACUCCAAUGCAGAGCUGCGAGUUAUAGCUGUUGCCCCAGAUUUUUCUCACAAUCAACUGAGGAGCCAGACGCUGGUGAAGGUAGGAGGAGACGCGCUCGUCGAGUGCAAGCCCAAGAUGUCUCCUUGGGGUGUGAUCUCUUGGCGGAAGGGCAGCGAACCACUGCGAGAGACCGACAGAAUCUCCAUUCUGGACAACGGUAGUCUGCGGAUAUGGAAUGUGACCAAAUCUGAUGCAGGCCUCUACACGUGUGUGGCAAGAAACCAGUUUGGUGUGGCAAGCAGCACAGGAAGCAUCAUAGUUAAAGAGCCUACCGUCAUCACCACGCUGGCCUCCACGCUGGACGUCACCGUCGGGGAGAGCGUGGUCCUGCCCUGCCAAGUGAGCCACGACCCGUCUCUGGAACUCAAGUUCACCUGGUUCUUCAACGAGCAGCUCAUCCACUUCGGGAGCCACGGUGGAUUCUUUGAAAAAGUGGGAGGCCAGCAUUCGGCGGGAGACAUUAUGAUUCGGAACGUACAGCUGAGGCAUGCCGGGAAGUACACGUGCGCCGUGCAAACCAAGGUGGACAGCAUUUCCGUGGCUGUUGACUUGGUCAUCAGAGGUCCCCCAGGGCCCCCCACCAGCAUCCAUGUAGAAGGAAUCACUGAUACCACAGCCUCUCUGUCCUGGAGGCCCGGUCCUGAUAAUCACAGUCCAAUUACGGCAUACACCAUCCAAGCCAGGACACCAUUUUCCCUCGGGUGGCAAGCUGUCACCACAGUUCCUGAGGUGGUACGGGGCACCCGGCUGACAGCUACAGUAAUAGACCUGAGCCCUUGGGUAGAGUAUGAGUUUCGAGUCCUUGCGAGCAACUCCAUCGGGACUGGCGAGCCCAGCAAGCCAUCCAAACAAGCAAGGACAAAAGGAACAUCUCCGAAGGUCACACCAGCUAAUGUGAGCGGAGGCGGUGGCAGUCGCUCCGAAUUAGUCAUCACAUGGGAGCCUGUUCCGGAAGAGCUGCAGAACGGACCGGGCUUUGGCUAUGUGGUGGCUUUUCGACCCCACGGCGCCACAGGCUGGAUGCAGGCAGCCGUACCCUCCGCUGAAGCAUCCAGAUACGUCUUUAAAAAUGAGAGCAUUCAGCCCUUCUCCCCUUUCCAAGUCAAGGUUGGGGUUUACAACAACCUGGGAGAAGGGCCAUUUGGACCUGUUACCACUAUCUACUCUGCUGAGGAAGAGCCUGGCCGAGCGCCCACCAGGGUCCGCGCCAAGAGCCUCUCUGCAUCUGAGAUUGAAGUUUCGUGGAAAGCUCUGCCCUGGAACGCCAACAAGAAGAGAGUGCUGGGCUACGAGCUGAGGUACUGGAGUAGAAGUGAAAGGGAAGACACGGCCAGCGUGCAAAGGACUGUAGGAAAUCAAACAUCUACUAUUAUCCGCGGGGUGAAAGGCAGCACCGCAUAUUACGUCUCAGUGAGGGCGUAUAACACUGCAGGAACAGGUCCUCCCAGCACCACCGUCAACGUUACCACCAAAAAGCCACCACCCAGUCAGCCACCGGGUAAAGUGGUGUGGAACACGUCGAACUCCAAGAUUAUACUGAACUGGGAGCAGGUCAAAGCCCUGGAGAACGAGUCAGAGGUUACUGGUUACAAAGUGCUGUACAAGAAGAAUCGACACAGUCGCCCCAGCGUCAUGGAAACAAACACCACCUCUGUAGAGCUGGCGCUUCCUACUGACGAGGAUUAUAUUAUCCAGAUAAAGCCAUUUGGUGAGGGAGGGGAAGGCAGCAGUAGCAGGCAGAUCACCAUCCCAAGGAUACCAGGCCCCAACGCAGUCGGCUCAGCAUCCAAGGUCUCCACUCUAUCAGCACUCAGCACAAUAGCACUGUCUUUCACAGCGCGGACAUCUUUAUGACAAACGUCUCGCAGCAGGCGUUGCAUCUGAUGUGAAGACGGCGCUCCGGCAGAACGCAAACAAAGCCCACUCCGGUGUAACUAGAUCCAUUCAUUUAGAUUUUAGAAGCAAAAGGAAGACGCCGAAGGAAAAAACAACAAAAAAAGACAAAAAAAACGCCAUUGAGAUAACAGGGAAGGGGUCCCCUUCAGCACCCAGGCUAAGUAAGGGAGAUUGACCGAUGUCGUGACUAUGUUGUUACCAAAGCAGCUUUCAUAAGAAAAAAAUAAUCAGAAAAAAAUGUCUUAUAUGCAUUUUUUUGUAU